CCCUGGAGAGAAAAUGGCGGCGGCAGCAGCGGCUUCGGCGCCUCAGCAGCUCUCCGACGAGGAGCUUUUCUCUCAACUCCGCCGUUACGGCUUGUCUCCCGGUCCCGUGACGGAGAGCACCCGGCCGGUCUACCUCAAGAAGCUGAAGAAGCUUCGAGAGGAGGAACAGCAGCAACAACACCGGUCCGGGGGCCGCGGCCACAAGACGCGGAACAGUAAUAACAAUAACACGGCGGCCGCCACGGUCGCGGCGGCGGGUCCGGCGGCGGCCGUGGGCAUGGGGAUCCGGCCGGUGGCGGGCGAUCUCUCCUACCUGCGGACCUCGGGGGGUCUGGGCCGGUUGUCGGCCUCAGGCCCGGAGAGCCCCGUGGCGGGGCCCGGCGGUGCGGCGGCCGCCCCCGCGGCUGGCAGCAAAGUGCUGCUGGGCUUCAGCUCGGACGAGUCGGACGCCGAGGCCAGUGCCCCGGACCAGGCUGGCGGCGGCGGCGGCGGCGGGAGCGGGGCUGGCCGGAGGGACCGGGCUGCGCUCCAGUACCGCGGGCUCAAAGCGCCGCCGGUCUCCCUGGCCGCCGGCGAGCUGACGAACCCCAACCCUGCCGAGCGCAGGAAGCCCCAUUCGUGGUGGGGGACCCGGAGGCCCGCGGGGCCAGAUCCGCAGAUCCCGUCGGGGAAAGACGGCGCCGGGGAGGACGUGGAGGAGGACGGGGAGGACCGCGAGAAGGGGGAUCCCGAGGCCGAGGAGCCGCUCUGGGCGGGCCGAGCCGUGAACGGCAGCCGGCUUCUCCCGUACUGCUGUCGGGAAAACUAUUCGGACACGGAGGAAGAGGAAGACGACGACGUGGCCGCUGCCCGGCAGGUAUUACUCAAGGACGACUCCCUUUCCCGGCAUCGGCCCCGAAGGAGCCAUAGUAAGCCCCUCUCCCCGCUGACUGCUAAAUCAGCCGGCAGCCGGCUGGAGACCUCGGCUCCGGGAGGGGGAGGACUGGCGAUGAAUGACAGGGCGGCGGCUGUCGGGAGUCUAGACAGGAGCCGCAACCUCGACGAGGCGGCUGUGGAGGCGGGAGGGGGAGAAGGAGGAGGAGGAGGUGGUGGUGGCUGCGAUCAAGUGGACUCCAGCCCCCUUCCUCGGUAUCGCGUUGGCGCUAAGAAGCUGGCUCCGACCCUGGCCUCGCCGCCGCUUCCUGACCUGGACUCCACCUUGGAUGCAGCAGCCACAGGCUCUCUUCUGAAAACCAAUAACCAUAUCAGCAGCGGGGCCUUCAGUAUGGACUCCCCCAGGAUGUACCCCAACAGCCUCCCUCCCAGUUCCACGGUGGCCGCCCCCGCCUCACUCAGGAUCAAUCACGCCAACCACACGGGCUCCAAUCAUACCUACUUGAAAAACGCGUACAGCAAACCCAAGCUUUCCGAACCCGAAGAGGAACUUCUGCAGCAGUUUAAACGCGAGGAGGUGUCACCCACUGGGAGUUUCAGUGCUCACUACUUGUCCAUGUUUCUCCUAACUGCUGCCUGCUUGUUUUUUCUAAUACUGGGACUGACUUACCUAGGAAUGAGAGGGACAGGAGUAUCCGAGGAUGGAGGACUCAUAAAAAAUCCCUUUGAUGAAACAUUUGGAAAUAUACAAGAAAGUGAAAAAAAUCUUAUGAUGAACACGUUAUACAAGCUUCAUGAUCGAUUGGCACAGCUUGCAGGAGAUCAUGAAUGUGGCAGUUCUAGUCACAGAACACUUUCUGUCCAAGAGGCAGCUGCAUACUUAAAAGAUUUAGGUCCUGAGUAUGAGGGUAUAUUUAACACUUCAUUGCAGUGGAUUUUAGAAAAUGGGAAAGAUGUUGGAAUAAGGUGUGUUGGUUAUGGUCCCGAGGAUGAAUUAACAAACAUAACUGAUGUGCGGUUUUUACAGUCUACAAGACCACAGAUGUCUUUCUGGUGUCGUUUUCGACGUGCGUUCAUUACUGUAACCCAUAGGUUAUUAUUGUUAUGCUUAGGUAUAGUGAUGGUUUGUAUUGUUCUGCGUUAUAUGAAGUAUCGCUGGACAAAAGAAGAGGAGGAAACAAGGCAGAUGUAUGACAUGGUGGUAAAGAUUAUAGAUGUUUUGCGAAGUCAUAAUGAAGCUUGCCAAGAAAAUAAAGACUUACAGCCUUACAUGCCUAUUCCACAUGUGCGAGAUUCCUUAAUACAGCCUCAUGACAGGAAAAAAAUGAAGAAAGUCUGGGAUAAAGCUGUUGAUUUCCUUGCUGCUAAUGAGUCUAGAGUACGCACAGAAACACGAAGAAUAGGUGGUGCAGAUUUUCUAGUUUGGCGGUGGAUCCAACCUUCUGCAUCCUGUGAUAAGAUAUUAGUAAUACCUUCUAAAGUAUGGCAAGGUCAAGCAUUUCAUUUAGAUAGAAGAAAUUCACCACCAAAUAGUUUGACACCAUGUUUAAAGAUUCGAAAUAUGUUUGAUCCAGUUAUGGAAAUAGGGGAUCAGUGGCACUUGGCAAUUCAAGAAGCAAUUUUAGAAAAAUGCAGUGAUAAUGAUGGCAUUGUUCACAUUGCAGUAGACAAAAAUUCACGAGAGGGCUGUGUAUAUGUUAAAUGUCUAUCUCCAGAAUAUGCUGGAAAGGCUUUUAAGGCAUUGCAUGGCUCUUGGUUUGAUGGGAAAUUGGUUACAGUAAAAUACUUACGACUAGAUAGAUAUCACCAUCGCUUUCCCCAAGCUCUUACUUGCAACACUCCCUUGAAGCCAUCAAAUAAACAUAUGAACUCUAUGUCUCAUCUUCGCCUUCGGACUGGCCUAGCCAAUUCUCAAGGAGGUUCCUGAAAAGACUUUCUUCACUCCUAGGACUAUUAUUUACAAUAGGAAAAUUCCUGUUUGGCUUCUUGUCUUCCUUUUUAAGUGCUUUUUGUAUGUAAUAUUUCUAUUGCAGAAUACAGCUCUGUUUGAAAGCUCCAGAAUCUCAAGGUUCCAAAGGGAUUUAGCAGUGAGUCAGUAAUGCUAAGUAGGUAGAAUAACUGUUUCAUUCAGUUUUAGGAACUCAGUUAAGCCAGAGCAUUUAAAGUUUUGCAUGAGGAACACUGACUUUAUUAAGCAUUUUCAGAUACGGUGGUUAUAUUUGCACCAAAAAAGUGUUUAGAUAACCACACAGAAGCAUGGUGAAGAGGCUUUUUUAUAUUUCCAUAAUUUCCUAUAAACUCAUUUGAAUUUGUAUGCAGUCACCUACAUAGUUCCUUGAAGGCUAAUGUGGUAGACCUGUUAAUUUCCCAAUUCAACCUUAGGUUUCUAUUGCUUGUAAGAUUGAUUUGCUCCAGCUGGAAUAUGGGAAAAUUUAUUUGGUUUUAGGCUCCGUAUACAUUUAAGGGGAUGUACAUGUACUUAACUGCCUUUUGUAUAUAUGUAUAAAUGCUGAUGGAGGUGCAAGUCUUGUUUUAUGAGAUUGUCUGCAUAAGCAGUAAAAUAAGCUCCCUAUUUUAUUCAUAAUCUAAUUUGUGUACAUAUAUAUGUAUGUGUAUAUUUGUGUAUGUAUAUAGAUGUGCGUGUAUAUACAUAUAAACAGAUAUAUGUAUAUGCACACAUAAAUGUGUACAUUUGGCUGUACUAUCACAGAUCAAACAGCCAAACACAUGGAAGUAUUAGAUACAAGUUUAAAAUAUCUUUUAUAGAUUUUGUAUCAAAAUGUUUGAGUAUGAUUUGGGGUGAAAAGUUCUGAUACCAGUUGUGUGGAUUCAAACUUAUGUGAGCAAUAAAGAAUAAUUGGCAGAUACUGAAAAAUAGUUUGUGAAAGCUGUAUUUAUUAUAAAUACUAGGGCUGUGACAUGAUACUCGGAGUUAAAUCAUUUUCCCAAUCUAUAAUUUAAUGAAAUGUUAAUGUCCCUAUUAUACAACAAGUUGAAAUCAGGGCACAUUGUUACAGCAAAAUGAAUUAGGCAACUUAUACCUGAAAUUUUGAGUCUUGAAAGUUUGCAGUAUUGUAAAUGCAGGAAUGACAGUUGGUUUGUGCCUCAGUAUUUAAUUUGUUUCCAUAAAGUUACUUUAUGACUGUUUAUGAUUUCAUAUUAAAGUAGUUUCUGAGCAAGGUUUACUUGUAAUCUAAUCAUUAAUUGGCUUUUUAAAUAAACUGUUGAUAUAUCAAUGUCAGUCCAAAUGAAUAUGUGAAGCAGCUGGAAUUAUAUUAAGUUUUGUUUAAAGUUGAAUUUUCUUUUGUUUCAUUGUAUGUGUGUUGGAUUUGCAGCAUGAACUUGCACAGAUAAUGCACGUUUUCUGGUUAAGUAAACAUGAUGCACACUAUUCUGUAACAGAAAACCCUAUUGUGCCUUACCUAUGUGCUUUUGUGGGCACCAUGUUUAUGAAGAAUAAAAAAUGAGUUGUUAUCUGAAGAGAAUAAAUUUUAAAUUCUCAGUUUAUGUCUCAGAUUCUAACGUGUGAAAAUAUAAAUAUAUAUAUAAUAUAUAAAGUAACCAAUUUUUCUGUAUCUUAUGUGCAUCCUAAUGAUUUAUCUGCGCUUAGUGACCCCAUCUUGUAACCUGUUGCAAGAAUGAAUGUAAAAAUAGUGGCAUUUUAACAGGUCGCCUUUUGAUGCAAAUGCAUCUUUUUCUUGCUUCUAAACAAUAUUUUAUGUAAACAUUGUACAUUUAUUAUUGUAAUAUGUACUAUUAUGCAGCUUAUUUUACCUGGAACUGUUAAACCGACCAAGAUUCCUCCCUGCAAGACAGUUGGGAAUGUGUAUAAUAAUUAGACAUUUGAGAAGCUUUGAAGUUUGAUGUAAUCUGUUACAUGUCCUGUUUUAAAAAAAAAAAAGAAAAAUAUUCUAAUUAAAAAUUAUUAAGGUUUUUUUUAA